AGUCAGGAGUUGAACAGUGUUGGGUGACAUUCAUCAGGUUGAAUUGCAUUUGCUGCCACAUCAGAAGCGUUCGAAUCCACGUUUUGGUGCCCGUGCUUGUAUUUACGCAUCCAGAUCUUCGGUAACAGAAGCUGUUCACCUUCCGAACUUGUUGUCGGUUCCUGCGGAGAAGAGAAGCGAUGGAAUUGGCGUGUGUGGUGUGUUUGGUGCUGUGCGUCGGCGCCUGGUUCGCCUCAGCGGAGAGACACAGCGUCUAUUGGAACAGCUCAAAUCCAAACUUCCUGUCGGACGAGUACGCAGUGGAAGUGCGCAUCAAUGACUAUUUGGACAUCGUCUGCCCCCACUACGCCCACGGUGAGGUGUCAUCGCAUGCAGCUGAGCGCUAUGUUCUGUACAUGGUGGAGAAGGAGGACUACGACGUGUGCAAACCUCACUCCUUCGACCAGCUCCGUUGGGAGUGCUCACGGCCCUUCGCUCCCCACGCGCCUGAGAAAUUCUCUGAGAAGUUCCAGCGCUUCACGCCCUUCACCCUGGGCAAGGAGUUCAGACAGGGAGAGAGCUACUAUUAUAUCUCCAAGCCGAUGCAUCACCACGGACAGGACUGUCUGAGGCUGCGAGUGGAUGUAGCCGGAAACAAAGGCGCUGUGAAAUCUCACAUCGACAAAUCCAAGGCGGCGGAGGAGGUGGGAAAAAGUUUAGAUGGAGGAAAAGUCAAGUUUCCUGCCACCGGAGGAGUGCACAACCCCUCGAACCGGCUCCCAGCAGAUGACCCUGCUGUGCUGGAGCCAAACGUCCAGAGGAGCGUCGGCAGCUCAGGCGUGCAGCUGGUUUCCUUCUCACUCCUCCUCACCAUGAUCCCAGUCUUAUUAGUCCCGAUGCUGCACUAAAGCUGAGCAUAACAGAGACUAUACCACACCAAUGCAGGUCAUUGGGACCAUGAACACUCAGAGAUUUCUUUUUUAUACAGAUUUUUUUAUACAAGCAUGGACAAAGCUUUCAGAGUGUGUGUGUGUGUGAGUGUGUUUGAUGUGUUGGUUUGUGUGCAUGUGGAACGUGGAUCGUUCCAAAGAAGAAGACCUCAAAGACGUUUUUUUUUUUCUUACUUUAUUACGAGGAUGGAAUUCUCGUUAACGACCAUUUAAGAUCAUCUUCAGCCAUUAUGGACAAAACGGAUCAACACACUUGAAUAACACGGAUCAAAGUUGGAUUGAAAACAAAAGGAACACGUUAUUCUCAUUCUCAUUUCAGAUCUUCAUACCUGUUGGUACAGCUGUGCAUGUAUUACUGGUCUCAAACUACCAAUAAUGUCAUUUUUUUUCCCUUCUUCGUGUGGAGAAAAUAUUGAUCAUGUACUGGAAAUGUUGUUGGCUACACUGCCAGCGUGUUAUACAAUACAUUAUGUAGUAUUUUAGUUUUGUCAUGUAGCACUCAGCUCCCUGUUGUAUCCCUGGAAGCAGACAGGUUCUACAGUUUAGUACAGAAAGUGUCACAUCGCACAUUUUUCACUUGUAACUCAACACAAGUAAACAAAUUAAUGACUCGUGUGCAAACUAGAAGUUCUCAGUCAACAUUUUACACAUUGCACUCAAUAUGAAGUAAAAUGAUUUAUAUGUUUCACACAAAGUACAUCUGAAUUAAUUUGGAUCCUUUUGUAAGUAAUGAAUCAUAAUCCAUAAUGUGGAUGAUGAAGUGAUUUGGAGCCGCGGAUCAAGAAAACAAACCAGAUUAAAACCUAAACGAUAGCAGGAUUGUCAGGGAGCUGAGCCUCUUCCGUACUCGUCGGUUCUUCACUCAUGUCUGCGCUCUCGACAGUAUCAUGGUAUGGUACACUGGCGGAUGUUUGCAGAUGUGAUCCCACUUGCACGUUGUCAAACCUCAAACUGAAGAGACUUCCUGCGUUUUAUUUACAGUUGUUUUUUUAUCUAUCAUUUUGUAAAUGUUUAUAUGUAAAUUUGUACAUAGAGAAAACUCUAAGAAACUGUUUUAAAAUGUAAAAAAAUCUUUAGUGAAAUAAAGAAAUUGUGAUGUUAUAAAAA